GCUGUCCUACUUGCAAUGGAAGCGGCCCACGAAUCUCGAAUGGUAUCGCUCCGCUGUGUGUCUCAGUAUCUGCUUAUUCUUCUCCUUACGUGCAACUGCAACCACGGCAAACCUCUCAAUACUUUCGCUGGGACGUACAUAGCGUUCACACAUUCAUUCGCCACAUGUCCGUCUGACGGCACAUUCGCGAUGAACCUGCGAUGCAGCCACUUCAACCCGGCUAAGCCCUACGAAAAGCAGACACUCACAGGAAAUUAUACUCUAAAAGAGGACUUGACGGACUCAAUGUGGGCUCGCGUGACAUUCGCUGUUUGGUCCAACAACGAAUGGAAACAAAACGCUUUCAUUAUCAACUACCCUCGCCGUGCGUGCACCAUGGUGAGAGAACUUGCGCCAGAUCUCUUCCGAAUCAUGGCACCGAGCCAGCCUCAAGAGAAGGCAGCGCCGUGCGUCAUUCCAGCGGGGAUGACCAUCUGGAAAAAUGAACCAAUAGCCUGGGAGUUCCCCAAGAUGAAAGUGAUGCCGUAUGCACGCUACCUUCUGCACGUCGAGAUGGGCUCCAACACGAGCCGUACUAUAAAGGUCUGCGCGGAAGCGGAUUCUGCAUUGAUGCCUAGACCAUGA